GUUAUAACCCACAUAUAAUAUUGUUAUACAUAUAUACACGUACACUAUAAAUCGAAUGCGUACAUGUAUAACAGUAUAAUAAAAUAAUAUUUUUGUGUAUAUUAUCGCGUGUAUUAUAUGAUUAUUCAUAAUAAUGAACAAUAAAUAUAUGUGUCUUGUGCCGUAAUAUUUUCGUCGUUGUGAGUUUUUUUUUUUAAUUUAAAUUUUUAUUGCGUUCCGUUUGUUUGUUCUCUGUUCUCCGUUAUUGUUGUUUUGRUGAUAAUAAUAAUAAUAAUAGUAAUAACAAUAAUAGUAAUAAUAAUAUGAACGGCGUCUGCGAUUGGUCGCAACUGCAGUUUUCCAGUACUGGUUCCGCGUCCGUCCGUCAUCCAAGAAACAGCAGCAACCGCCGCCGGACCCAACGACUACGAAGCUUGCCAUCACCGCAGCAGUGACGACAACGGCGAUAACGACAGUGGCGGCGGUGACGACGACGACCACGACCGCGGUAUUCUCAAGGGACUCGCGGAAAACACAAACCGAACGUCGGAGGCCGUGAGGGGACGGCGAUACCGCGGGUUUUCGCGUGUGAUGAAGGUAACGUUCACGACAGUCAGUCGCCCGCAAUACGAACUGUCCGUGGUAGUACGAUCGCUGCGCCAACAGMAACGACGUAGGAGACGACCGCUGCAGCAACCGCGGGCCCGCGACGCACCUUCCGCCGUCGGAUGCCAUCUUCGCACUAGGUAGUGACAAAGAUCGUCCGCCACCGCCGAUAACAGUCUGCGAAUCAUUUUCGUUUAAUGUACAGACCGACGCACAACAACACAAACCUGCAAUAUGACUUGAAAGUAGGGUACAACGAUGGUCAUCAAAGGACCAUAGCAAUGAACGGGGAAAUUCCUAGUGUACCUAUAACAACCCUGGCUGGCAUUUCAAGUUUAACAGAUUAUUUGAUAACAGAUAAAAAAAGUUUUCCAACCCAAGUAGAAAAUGAAAGUUCUGAUCCAAAUGACUUUGGAGUAUCACUGACUGAAAGAAUUAAAAGAAGAAAAAGAGCGGCACAACAAUCUGAAGUCAAUGACAAAAAUAAUAGUUUUGACGAAAAUGAAUGUAUUAUAAAACCUAAAUUAAGAAAAGUUGAAAGAAAAUUUGUACCAGUUGUUGAAAAGUUGUCUGUUGAAGAACUUAUGGAAACUAAUACAUAUCAAAAAUUCAACAAAUGCAUAGAAAAAGUAUUUGAGAGUACAGAAGAAAUUGAUACAAUUCUAGAUUUUGGAGAAAAUGAUAUACCGCCAGAAGCUUUAAUACCAAAAUAUGUACUACAAGAAUUAUGUAAUGAAUCUGCUAAACUUAAAACGUUAGGCGCUAUGGAAUCAAUUCCAUCAAACAAAAUAAUUCGCUUACUAAGCAUACUUGAAAAAAAUAUUAGAGAUGGUGCAAAAGUAUCACCAAUAGCUGAUCCAGAAGAUGAUGAAUGUGAAAGAAAACUGUGGAUGGAGUUAGCUAUGGAAAGAGUUAUGCGAGCUGUAGAUGCAUCCCUCACUACUCUCUAUGUGUUAACUUCACCAAGAAUGCAGAAAAAAGUUUAUAUGGAAGAUGUUAUUGAUAGAGUAGUCAUGUUCACAAAGUAUCAACUACAUAAUACAAUUUACCCAGCGUUUGAUCCUGUCUACAGGAUACAUAAGAGUAAUGAUUCGUAUGCAGGAAGUGCACGUAAAAAACGUGCUCAUCCAAAAGAAGUUCGUGAUAAAAAUGUUCUGUCCCUAUAUACCAAGUUGGCAGAAGUAGUUUCACUUUUAGCUGAGCUUUUACAAAUUCAAACACUAACUGAUACAGCUGUUCUUCAUACUUCAUCAAUGGCAGUUUCACCCUUUUUUGUUGAAGAAAUCAGUGAACUACAACUUUCUGCACUAAAGCUUGUUACAACAAUAUUUACAAAAUAUGACAAGCACCGGAAAUUACUAUUAGAUGAUAUACUUGCAUCUAUGGCACGAUUACCAAGUUCAAAGCGAAGCUUAAAAUCAUUUCGAAUUAGUUCUGAAGAGUAUAUUCAAAUGUUAUCAGCUCUUGUCUUACAAUUAAUUCAAUGCAUGGUUGUACUUCCAUCUAAUUUAGCAGAUAAACAAUCAAAUCUUGAUCCUGAUACAUUAAUUGUCAGUAAAUUCAAAACUGCUCGUUCAACUGCAUCAAGUUUUUUGCAUGUAUUUUUAUCAAAAUGUAGUAGUAAAAAUGAAGAAAUCGAUUACCGUCCAAUAUUUGAAAAUUUCAUUCAAGAUUUAUUGACCACUGUGAAUAAACCAGAGUGGCCGGCAUCUGAACUAAUGCUUAGUGUACUAGGGAGGUUAUUGGUUGCCAAUUUUGUUAACAAAAAUCUAGAUAUGUCUCUUAGAGUAGCCUCCUUAGACUACCUUGGUGUUGUAGCAGCAAGACUUAGAAAGGACUCUGUUACUUCUCAAUUAAGAUUAAAAACUAUUGAUUCCAUAAUUAUGGACAUACGGACAGAAGAACUGAAGGAUGAAGAUGGAAAUCUAAUGGAAGAAGUUCAAGAAGUUAAAGAUGAUGAGGAAAGAAUACAGUUUUUGCAAAGGGUUCUUUUAGAUUAUUUGGCUAUUAGAAGUCUUUCAGAACCAGCUUUAAGACAUGCACGGCAUUUCUAUUUAGCUCAAUGGUACCAAGAUAAUACCGAUGCAGGAAAAUCAUCAGAUUCUUUAUCAAAAAGGAAAAAGGAAAAACGCUCUCGGAAAAAAUAUGGUUCUGAAGACGAAGACGAUGGUGAAAGUAGUGAUUCAAGUAAAGAAAAUGAAUCUCGAAUAGAUGAAAAUAAAGCUAUAGAAAAUUCAAGACUAUGUGAUCAGAGAAAAGAAUAUUUGUUAACUAAAAUCAAUCCUUACGAUAAUCAAUCUACACAAGUUAUGCAAACAUACAUUGACUAUGAUAGUGCUGAAUUAGUAGCAAGAUAUUUAGCUUCUAAGAGACCAUUUUCUCAAAGUUUUGAUACUUAUCUUAAGCAUAUUAUCAAGGUUUUAAUGGAAACCUCGGUGAAUAUAAGGACUAAAGCUAUGAAGUGUUUGACAAUGAUUGUUGAAGUGGAUCCCGGUGUCUUGGGUUUGAAAGAAAUGCAAUUGGGUGUGAGCCAUUCUUUUCUUGACCACUCAACAUCAGUUAGAGAAGCUGCGGUUGAUUUAGUUGGGAAGUUUGUUUUAAGUCGUCCAGAAUUAAUUGACAAAUAUUAUGACAUGCUAUCUACUCGAAUAUUGGAUACGGGUGUCAGUGUACGAAAACGAGUUAUAAAAAUUAUGAAAGAUAUAUGUAUUGAAUGUCCAGACUACUCAAAAAUUCCAGAAAUAUGUGUAAAAAUGAUACGACGUGUAAAUGAUGAAGAUGGUAUAAAAAAAUUAGUUAUGGAAGUGUUUCAAAAUAUGUGGUUUACUCCAGUACGAGAAAAGCCUUCCCUUGAUACCAAGAUGUUAUUGAGGAAGGUAUUAAACAUUACUGAUGUGGUAGCAGCAUCAAAAGAAUUGGGCUUAGAAUGGUUUGAGCAACUAUUAUUAAGUUUGUUUAAACCUAAAGAAGAUAAAGAUGAUACAGCAAAAGUAUCUACUGAACCCCCGAAAGCUUUACUUACUGCUUGUAAGCAAAUUGUGGACUGUUUAGUAGAAAAUGUUGUGACACUUGAUGGAGGUGGCGGAGGUACAUCACARCAGCUUGUAGCAUGUCUUACUACAUUAUAUCUAUUUGCUAAAAUACGGCCACAACUAUUAGCUGCGCAUUCUCUCACUCUUCAACCAUAUUUGAGUUUAAAAUGCCAGACACAAGGUGAUUAUCAAAUUAUCAGUUGUGUUGCAAGGACACUUGAACUUGUUGUUCCAUUAAUAGAACACCCUAGUGAAAUAUUUUUAUCUCAACUUGAAGAGGACGCAGUUAAACUUAUCAUGAAGCAUGAUCAAACUGUGAUCUUGAGUUGUAUUUCGUGUCUUGGAUCGGUGGUCAACAAUGUAACAAGAAAUUUCAAGCUUAUCAGGGAUUGUUUUGGAAUAUACUAUAAAUAUUUAAGUAAUUUUCAAAAGUUACAUCAAGAUAGACAGACCAAUCCUCAAGGUUUAAUACCAUUACGGCCAAUAUUUCGUCGUUCUAUCUACAUCAUAGGCCUAAUGUUAAGAUUCUUUGAUUUUACUGAUAAAGAGGUUUAUGGUGAUGCAUAUCCAGACAAUAUCAGAGAUUUAGUGUAUGAUAUAAUGUCAUAUUUCAUGCAUACAAAUGAAGAUGACACUAAAUUAUUUGCUUUAAAAGCUAUUGGAUCAAUAUGUAUUAGGCAUUAUGAUUUUAUGCUGUGUCAAGAUCUUAUGAACACAUAUCUUGAUAUUUUAUCAAAUAACAGUGUUCCAAAUAUAAUGAAAUCUCAAAUUUUGAAUAACAUUGAAAUAUACUUGGAAGAAGAAGAAAAACGAAUGAUCAAACAGGAUUUAGAAUGGUCAAAAAUGUCUAAAAAGGAGAAUUUAAAAGAAAUGGGCGAUGUUUCUUCCGGAAUGGCUAGUACAGUUAUUCAGUUAUAUCUCAAAGGAAUAUUAAAUUCGUUUUUACACACUAGUGUUCAAGUUCGGCAAGCUGUACUCAAAGUUAUACAAUUAAUUUUAGCCCAAGGACUUGUACAUCCUGUUCAGAUUGUACCUUAUCUGAUAUGUAUGAGUACCGAUACAGAGAAAUCAGUUAGCAGCCGUGCUGAUAAGCAUUUACAAGAGAUUGAAAAGAAAUAUCCUGGGUUUAUACACAUGGGUGCUCAAAAUGGAAUUAAAUUGUCAUUUCAAUUACAAAGCAUUGUUCAAACAGAUGGUGAAAUGGUUCGAGGAUAUCGCCUAAAAGAAAAUGACACUAUCCCAACUGCUUUAAAUGGAUGUCUUUAUUCUAUAUUGAGAACUAAACAACAACGUAGAGCUCUAGUAUUGUCAAUUUUAAAACAAUUUGAAGAUCAAGGCAAAACAAAUUUAGCUCAAAUGCUAUACCUGGCCGACAACUUAGCAUAUUUUCCAUUUCAAUCACAAGACGAGCCUUUAUUUAUAAUUCAUCACAUUAAUACAAUGAUAUCAGUAAAUGGAACUAAUUUGCUUCAAAAUUUUAGAGAGGGUCUACUUCCAAAUCCUAAUGCACCAGUACAAUCUAAUAAAGUAGAAGGUGGCGUUGAAGACGAAGAAGAUGAAGAUGAAGGAACACUUGUCGAUAGAGUACCUGAUGAUAUAACAUCCCUUCAAGAAGUUCUUAUAAAAUCUCAAGGCUGCCUUCUACUUUUAGUUCUUAAACUAUAUUUGAAAACUGUUUAUGGGAUAACAGAUUUAAAAAUCACUCAAUAUUCACCAUCAGAAUCUAGUAAAAUGUAUGAUAAGAAUUUAAGCAGAAAGUCAAAUACAAAAUUCAAUCCUAAAGCCACAAUUCAAAAGCUUAAAUAUGGAUUAGAAAUAAAUACUGAAGACUUAAACAAUGUGCAAUCAACACCAAAGGUUCCUAAAUUGACGAUCAUACCUCCAAAACCUCCAUCGUCCAAGCAUUCUCAUCACCAUCAUCGAUCACACAAAUCAAAAAAAGCAGAUCGUCCUAAAAAACAUCAUCAUAAGCGAAAGAAAGCUAAAGGUGGUGGCAGCUCUGAAGAUAGUGAUAAUGUCUAUAGCGAUCCAGAUUUCUUAAUAUAAACAGGUACCUUAUUGUAAUUUAAAUGUGCUGUAAAUAGAUUUGUUGUAAAGUUUUUUUGUUGACAGAUGAAUUAUUUAUUUUUAUGGAUAAUUAAUAUUAGAUUAUAAGUGCUCAAUUGAUCAUUCUUCUAUGCCUUGUGCACUUGAAUACUUAAGUGUUUUUCAAUAUGAGCACAUAUUGUGAGGUCUGAAACUUAAAAUGUCAUUUGGUUUUACAUUAUUUUAUUUUGAAAAUAAAUUAUAUUUUCCGAAUUGUA